AUGGAAAGCUUAUUUAAAUUUGUUCGAAAGAAAGAGGAGAAAGCUGAAGAACCCAUAGAAGAGUUUCAAAAUUUAGCUCUGCACGAACGAUUAACUGAAAAAGAGUUGACAAAAUUAUAUAAUUUAUUUCAAAAAAUACCGGACGGAAAAGCAACCUCGGAACAACUUCGUCGAAUAUUGGGCGAAUUUGCUGGCUGUUAUUUUACAGACGAUCAAUUUGAAACUUUAUUUUCAAAGAUCAAUUCUAAUCGUGAUAAUCUUGCAUCGUGGGAUGAAUUUGUUUCGUAUUUGUUGUUGGGCUUUCAAAAUAAUGACCCCUCUAAUCAAAAAGAGACCAUGCAGCAGCCAAUAACAGGUCACCCAGUUGUUAUUAACAGUCAUCACCGUUUGCCUGUAAUACGAAUUCAAUAUUGUCCUACAGUAAUGCCAGACCGAACAACAAGUUAUUCAGAAGGAAGUUACAUAACAUGCAGUAGAGAUGGUACUUGUAACUGGUGGACUUUAGAUAUGGAAAAACAUCGUAGUGCGAAAUCGAAGAGCGUACAACCAAAGAUCCAUCCUACGUGGGUGUUGGAUAUGGUAUGUCUGCCUGAUUUGAACAUUUUAUGUACAUCAUCUACAGAAGGUGAAUUGCGAUUUUAUGACACAACAGCGCGAAAUUUUACGGUUCGUGUGGUUAUUGAUAGUCUUCCACAUCCAAUAAGUGCUAUGUUCUAUAGGUUUUAUCAGUCAUUGGAUUCAGAAAACACUUUAGUCACUGGCGAUACCUCUGGAGCUGUAAGGAUAUUUCUAUUUUCGCCAGUAAUGCGUGGUCCCUUUCAGAACAGUCCCGGAAAAUCUUUGCAAGUUGUGAGAUACGAAACUUUGGCAAAAGGUGACUUUAAAGGCAUGAGAGUUCUUGCUUUUCCAAAUGUUCACGUCGACACAGUACGUCAAGUUGGCCUUUAUGAACCCCUACAUUGCUUCAUCUCCUGCUGCGAAUUACCAGCAGGACCUACUCUCGGGCCACCAGGAUUGAGCAUCAGCGAUAUAAUGGGAGUAAAACCGCCUUAUCAAUUUCGUAUGCCAAGAGGAGCCACUGUUUUCACUUUCGACGAUGUCAGUCAUAUGCUGGUUACUGGAGGUUUAGAUUGCAUAAUAAGAUUAUGGAAUGUAUUUGUUCCAUCAAAACCAAACACAAUGCUAUCGGGGCACCAUGCUGGAAUAAUCAUGGUAAUCCUUCAGAACGACAAAUUGUAUUCAAUGAGCAAGGAUAAAGUUAUUAAAGUAUGGGAUGUUCCUGCGCAAACAAUCAUGCAAACUUACAUAACACUAUGUGCCGACAUGGGGAUAGAACAUUGUUCUAUGACAACACUAUACAAUCCGUUGACCAGGGAACUGAUGGUGGGAGGUAUGCGAAUAGCAACUUUGCUUUUAGAUCCUUUGUUGGAUGAAUCUGCUACAGAUGGAUACACUCAUACGAAACCUGUCUCAAUAUGUUUAUAUAACAGUCUGUUCAAAUAUAUUAUAACUUGCGGACUUGAUAGCUGCAUUAUCACUUGGGAUCCUUGGAUAGGUAAGCGCAUUUGCCUGGUGAAAGGUGCUCAUACAACUGUUGUUCAUGGUGAAACAAUAGUUGUUGAAAUCACAGCAGCUACAUUCGACCCACAACAACACAUGUUAUUGACUGGUGCAAGAAAUGGAACCUUAAAAGUUUGGAAUUUCAAUACCGGAAUUUGCCUUCGUAACAUGGCCAUUGAAACUAUGUGUGAAGUUACAGCAGUCUUUUGGAUAACCGGCAGAUUACUUGCUAUUGGUUGGAAUCGGCACGUGACAGAAUUUGCAGACGAAGUUGCCGCAGCUGGGUCUAAGGAAUGGGAGUUGCGGCAUGCCGAAGACGUUCUUUGUGCAGCCACCAGAGCUGGUCAGGCUCUCGCUACCAGUUCGUACAGCGGCGAGCUAAUAUUUUGGCGGCUCGAGACUGGACAAGCAUAUAGACGGUACAAUGUUGCAAAUCCGACUGGACGUAUAAAACUUGUGUAUAUGCCUCCUGAGGUGUCUCAGUCGAUGACAGCAGAUGCGGGUGCUACUGGAGCAAAACGCGAACAAAGUGCUAAACGAGGAGUAAAGAAUCAAACUUCAAGUAUUUUGAAAGUACAUGGAUCAACAGCCCCUGGUGACGAGAAACGACAUAAAAACAGACAAUCUUUCAGUGCAUAUAAACGCAUCAGUGUAAUUGGCCAUGAUACUGCUCCAGAAGUUAUGACCGGGGCAAAAAAAACACAAGAGUCCAAAUACGCAAGAAAAAUCUCUGUAGUGAAAAUGCCUAAAGCAAUACAGCACCAUAAGUCUUUAUCUGUGCACGCGAUGGUAUUUUUAGAAGCAAGACCUAUGCAUCCAGACAUAGGAUCAAUGUUAUUAUCAGUGGAAAAUGGCUCUGUACAAAUGUGGUCACACCAUCCAACUGGUGGUUUCAAGACUUCUUUUAAUGCUAUACAUUCGGCAGGUGACUAUGUGGCUUGUAUGACUACAGAUCCUGACAAUGAUUUUCUAUUUACUGGUACUACAAUGGGGCAAUUAAAAAUAUGGUUGAUGACGAACUACGGGUAUUCUCCUCCAAAAAGAGUCAGUGUACCUUUAUUGCGAUUGAAAUUUCCAUUUUUGUGGCGUGAUCGCCUGGAAGGACGUGCCAAGAGAAGUAUCAGAUUGCAACCGUUGCCUUUGCUGGUUAAUUCUUUUCAAGCCCACAAAAGCACGUUACUGUGUUGUGUAUAUAUGCCGGAACACCAAAUUAUUAUUACAUCAAGUAGCGAUCGAAGUGUAAGACUUUGGGCUUUGGCUGGACGGUACAUCAAUACCUUGGGAACGUGUAAACCUUGGACUCCAAUCCCAGAAGUUGGUCCCUUACCCGAUCAAUUUCCCUUCAGGCUUCCAGCAGAUAUUAAACGUAGUGGAAGCUUUACUACUUUGAAGGUGUUGAGAGGUGGCAAAGGUGAAUUCGAUAUGGAAUAUGAGUCCUCAAUACGCAGAAAAGAUGUGAAUUUGAAACAAGAUGAGUUAGUCAAGAGGCGUAUUUAUGGAAAGCCCUUGCAAGAACCAAUACUAGGAAGUCAUUUCCAAUUGCCAAGACGAGGAGAACUACGCAACAAACCUAUUUUGGAUACUUCUUUACCUUACAUACCAGUGUAUAGUCACUUAGAAAUCCAUGAGCCGAGACAUAGACUUCGUCCUCCAACUCCAGAAGUAAUUAUAACAUGGAGAAACCAACGGAAUAAAGAAAUGUUGCAGGCCCAAGCAGAGGCAGAAGGUACCAAUGUGCAAAUUGAAGAUGAUGUCGAAGGCAAUCAACAUAUUGGUAACGAUUGAUGUCAGAUAUUUUUAU